AUGUCACUUCAAAUAAGUCAUGCUUUGGAACUCCCACUUCAUUGGAGAGUUCCUAGAUGGGGGGCUCGUUGUUUCAUCAAUAUAUACGAAAAACAGCAAAAUAAGAAUAAUGUUUUACUUGAGUUUGCUAAAUUGGAUUUCAACAUUUUACAAACCAGCUACCAAGAAGAACUAAAGUAUGCAUCAAGAUGGUGGAAAAGAACUGAAAUAGGGGAAAAGUUAAGAUUUGUGAGAGACAGGGUUCAUUCCUUAAUUGCCACAAUUGAUGAUAUUUACGAUGUGUAUGGUACCUUGGAAGAACUAGAACUCUUCACAGAAGCAAUUGACAGAUGGAAUUUAAAUGCCGUUGAUACUCUACCAUGCUACAUGAAAAUAUGCUAUUAUGCCCUCUAUCACUUUGUGGAUGAAGUUGAAAUCUUGAACAAGACUGGGUACUCUAUCACUCCAUACUUGAAAAAACAAUGGACAGGUCUAUGUAAAUCAUAUUUGACUGAAGCAAAGUGGUAUCAUAGUGGAUAUACUCCAACCUUUGAUGAAUACAUAGAAAAUGCAUGGAUAUCCAUAAGUGGACCUCUUAUACUUAUCCAUGCUUACUUUGUUAUUCCACAUUCAUUCAAGCAAGGAGAUUUGGUUUGUUUAGAAGAAAACAACAACAUAAUUCGAUAUUCAGCAAUGAUUUUGCUUCUUGUCAAUGACCUCGGAACAAGUGAACGUGAAAUUGAGACCGGUGAUAUCCCAAAAUCAAUUCAAUGUUAUAUGAAAGAAACUGGAGCUACUGAAAUAGAGGCUCAUCCACUCACCGCCAAAAACAAAAACAUUUUCCUCCUACUCACAACACCAUCUUCUUCUCCUUCUCCUAUACCAAAAACCCUUUUCAAAUUCUUCUCCAUUUCCACCACUAACCCACAAUCUUUCACCGUCUCUUACCUCAUCAACAACUGCGGCUUCUCCCCAGAAACCGCUUCCAAAGCUUUCCAAAAUCUCACUCUCUCCAACUCCCAAAAACCCGAUUCAAUUCUCGCCUUCUUCACUACCCACGGCUUCUCCAUCUCCCAACUCCGCGACAUCAUCAGACGUGAACCCUGGCUACUCUCAUGCGACCCCAACAAGGUUCUUUUACCAAAGUUUCAAUUUUUACUUUCCAAAGGCGCUUCUUCCUCUGAUAUUGUUCGUAUUGUUAAUUCAAGCCCUAGACUUCUUAGAAGAAGCUUAGAGAAUCAUAUAGUUCCUGCAUAUCAAUGUGCAAAAGGGUUUCUUCAAUCUGACAAAAAAACCAUUGCUUGUGUUAAACGUUUUUGUUUUCUUUGUCAAAGUGGGCUGCCUGAAAAUGUCAAAUUGUUGCUUGAUAAUGGAGUUUCUCACUCUAAUAUUGCUAGGCUGUUUCAUUGGUGGCCUAGUAUAAUUUGCUCAUUUGAUUUGUUGCACACUGUUGAAGAACUGAAAGAACUCGGUUUCGAUGGCUCCACUUCCGCUUUUAGUAAGGCGUUUCUCGCGAAGAGAAGUGCCACUAAAGCGCAGUGGGAUGAGAAAGUUGAAACCUUUAAGAAAUGGGGCUGGUCUGAUGAACAGAUUCUUGAAACAUUUAAGAAGCAUCCUUUCUGUAUGCUGGUAUCGCCUCGGAAAAUCAAUGCAAUCAUGGAUUUUUGGGUUUACCACCUAGGUUUGGAUUCUUUGGACCUUGCCAGAGCUCCUGGAAUUCUUCAAUGCAGUCUCGAGAAGAGGAUUAUUCCUAGAGCUUCGGUUGUGCAGUUUCUUAUCUCGAAAGGCUUGCGACGGAAGGAUGCAGGCGUGUAUACGCCGUUUGUUGUAUCUGAGAAGUUGUUUGUGGAGAAGUUUGUGAAAGGCUUUGAGGAGCAUUCUUCUGAUCUCAUAAAGCUUUAUGAGGAAAAACUGAAUCUUCCAGAUGGUAGGAACGACAUUCAGCUGGUGUGA